GCGACCGCGGUGCUGAUCGCCACCCUGGGACAGCCAUGUCGGGCCCGGUACCGAGCCGAGCAAGAGUCUACACGGACGUCAACACCCAGAGGCCUCGCGAAUAUUGGGACUACGAGUCCCAUGUGGUGGAGUGGGGUAACCAAGAUGACUACCAACUUGUGCGGAAACUCGGUCGUGGCAAAUACAGCGAAGUCUUUGAAGCCAUCAACAUCACCAACAACGAGAAAGUGGUGGUGAAAAUCCUCAAGCCAGUAAAAAAAAAGAAAAUAAAGCGUGAAAUUAAAAUCCUGGAAAACCUGCGGGGAGGACCUAACAUCAUCAACCUUCUAGACAUCGUCAAGGACCCCGUGUCUCGGACCCCCGCCCUGGUUUUCGAGCACGUCAACAACACGGAUUUCAAGCAAUUGUAUCAGACGCUCUCAGAUUUUGAUAUUCGAUUCUACAUGUAUGAAAUCUUGAAGGCUCUGGAUUACUGCCACAGCAUGGGGGUCAUGCACCGGGACGUCAAGCCACACAACGUGAUGAUCGACCACGAGCAUCGGAAGCUGCGCCUGAUCGACUGGGGACUGGCAGAAUUCUACCACCCGGGACAAGAAUAUAACGUCAGAGUGGCUUCCCGGUACUUCAAGGGACCGGAGCUUUUGGUGGAUUACCAGAUGUACGACUACAGCCUGGACAUGUGGAGCCUAGGCUGCAUGCUUGCCAGCAUGGUCUUCCGCAAGGAGCCCUUCUUCCACGGGCACGACAACUACGACCAGUUGGUGCGGAUCGCCAAGGUGUUGGGCACCGAGGAUCUCUACGACUACAUCGACAAGUAUAAUGUGGAACUGGACCCCCGUUUUAACGACAUCCUGGGCAGGCAUUCCCGCAAGCGAUGGGAGCGCUUCGUGCACAGCGAGAAUCAGCAC